UGGCGACAGUCUGUGUGACGUUUACGGAUGUAAACGGAGCAGCGUCGUCCUGUUGGUGUAAAACAAGGGAAGGAAGCAAAGAUGAGGGUUUCCAACAGUCAUCUGCAGCAGCUUGCCAUCUUCACCACAGUGCUGACUGCCGGAGGGGUCGGUACCAUGUACUAUCUGCUGCAGAAGAAAUUUUCUGGGUCAGACUACCAUAGACUGGCUCUGCAGAAGUUGGAAUCAUGUCCAGUUGCCAUGGAAAGCCUAGGAGUCCCACCUUUAAAAGUGUACAACAUCCAUCUAACUGACAGACACAACCGUGUAGAUCAAGACACUGCACAGAUAAAGAUCCCUGUAACUGGGGCAAAAUCUGGAGGUUAUCUGUAUACUUCUUCAAUUAGAGACCCUAUUACCAACAGGUGGAGUCUGAAGCAGGCAGUGCUUAAGUUCCGGGAAGGACAGACCAUCAACCUGCUGAGUCCUCCUCCACCAGCUGCAGCACAAACCCAGGCAACAGAGCACAAGCAGGAGCUAGACACAGUGGCCAGGACCUUGCCAUCUGGGCUCCAACCAUUCCAAAGACAUGAAAAUCAACCACAAUAGAGGGCAAGAAGAAGAAAUUCAGUGGCAUUCAAAAUGAACAUUUUGAUGUCAUUCAACAUCAAAACAUCAAUCAACUUGACUUUCUCUUUGUCACACUUGUCAAUCAAUGAUCUAUUAUAAAGAAAAGCGAGAUCAGGUGAUUUCAGUAGUGUGCUAUUUUACAGGCUGUCCUACCUUGCAAGAUGAGGUCAGGCUCAGUCAGUGUGUCUUUCAGCCUUCCCUGCGGUACCUGCCAUCUUUGCAUCAUCACCAGCUAGCAAUGUUAGAGAGAAAAACAAGCAUCACACUCAUGCACUUACAGUAUCAAUACAGACAGCGAGCAGUCCAGCAUACAGCUCAAAUGUAUACAGUAGAUGCAUUCACUCACCUACAGCAAGCCAGGGUGUGUCGAAGGGGUCCCAACUAAGGUCCGACAAAUUCGCAGAGAUUUGGAUGGUGGGGCCAGCUGUGUCUGGCAGCCUGCCUGGCUGAGAGAGUAACAAGAGAGACAAGCUAGCCUAGCUGGAGGAGGAGAUGAAUAAAAUCAGUCUAAAACACAGACAUACAGUGGUCUCCUUUUCCAAAGAGAUCUUCAAUGAACAAUUUAGGCCUACCUUUGAUGUCUUCCUGGGGUCAUAUUAAUCCAUAAUUAGGCCUACAGGAGACAUAGACGUUGGUGCUUACUGUUGAAGAUAGAUAUGAUGUCCACUGAGUUACAGAUUCCGUUCAAAAGACAAAAGGAUGAAGUUGUUCAGGCGAGGUGUUCACAUGAGGCUCAUAGUCUUGUUUUUAUCCAAUUUGUCGUUGAAAAACAUCUCUCCCCUGUACAUGAUGUCAUUGGCAGGGUUAUAACAACCCUUGGCAGUGCGCUGACAUCCGGAGAAAUCUCUGCUUUGUCUGAAUAUGCUGUAACAGGGACUGUCUUCUGAAAACUCAGCCAGACUCUCUUGUAUCAUGUCACGUAGCGGCAGUGUUUCACAUCAGUAGCUCACUUUAGCUCAAUUACCUUCCGAUUGGAAUGCAUUUCCUGUUGCAAUUGCAUGAACACUGUGUGUCUGCGAGCUCCAGACAUGAAGCUAUGUAGCAGAUUCACAGUGUCACUUUAGCAGCAGUGUAUAAGACCAGGUUCAAUCUAUCGGAGUUGCAGUGAACAUGGUGUGGGAAAGUUUGCUUCAGAAGAACAUGCAUCCAACCCGUUUCCCAACACGCACCAUCUAAAAUAAAUCCCACACAGAGAUGGAUACAGCUCCAGUGGUUCCAGUACUUCCAAAAUCUUCCUUGAUAUCCCAUCAGCAGACAUAUCAGCUGUGUCAGCAAAUCCAACAGCCCUCUCCUUAAUCACCCCACCAUGAUUAAGGAAUGGCGACACGCGGCUAUGAGCUCACGUUUGUAUUGGUGUACUUAUCAGCUAGUAUGGCAAAAUGUCUAGACUUGCAUAAUUCUUCCUUGAUUUUUCGUAGUAACAAUGAGGCCGCAAAUUCCAAUAGAUCAUUCUGAAUGGUGGGGUCCGUCAGUGUAGCAUUGCGUGGUAGCUGCUGGAGCCUGUUUUCAACUUCUAUGUCAUACUUCAAAAUCAACUUGAACAUUUCCAAAAAGUUUCCU